AUGUUUAUAGUUGUUGUUUCUCUCCAGACGGUAAGAAGUGGAUCUGGACAGAGAACGGAUGGGCGCCAUGAUGACGACAUGCUCAUGUUCAAAGAGCUUAUGGACAAAUAUCACGGCGGGGCGGCGGAUCGACUCGCGCACGCUGCCCAGAUGCCUCGGCCUUCCCAUUAUUCUGAGUACCGCAUUGGCGCAGUGCCAGAAGAGGACCCGUUUGGCCAGUUCAUGUCGCACAUUGUCGUCAGCACGGUUGCAAGCCACAGGGAGUCGUACCGGUCUGCCGUGUAUCAUGAGCCGCCGCAGCUCGAGAUCAUCGGGGUGUGA